UACUCUCCGUCCAGCUGGGAGAGAAAGCUAGGCAGGGAAAGGGGGUGUGUGUGUGUGCAGUGCCACCGUCUCCAAUGGCGUCCGCCUCCACUUCUGCGACGACAUUCGCCGCCACCAAGCCCUUUUUCAACCGCUCUAACCAUCGCCUCCAUUACCAUCACGCGUUCGCGCUAUCCCCGUCAUACCCAUGUCGCAGGACCUCCGCCCUGCGCGCCAGAAGCGCCGCAUCGUAUCCCCAACCGAGCCCUUCCAACCCCAACCCCGCCGUUGCUACCAAGCCGGCCGUCCGGACGGAGCAGCGUGACCACCAGAUGGUUCCCCCGCCCUUCCCUUCCCGCUUCGCUGCGGACGAGCCGCGCAAGGGGGCGGACAUUCUCGUGGAGGCACUCGAGCGCGAGGGCGUCUCGGACGUCUUCGCUUACCCGGGAGGCGCUUCCAUGGAGAUCCACCAGGCGCUCACCCGCUCCUCUUCCAUCGCGAACGUCCUCUGCCGCCACGAGCAAGGUGAGAUCUUCGCCGCCGAGGGAUAUGCCCGCUCCACCGGUCGUAUAGGCGUCUGCAUCGCCACCUCUGGCCCUGGCGCCACCAACCUCGUCAGCGGCCUGGCCGACGCCCUCCUCGACAGCAUCCCCCUUGUCGCCAUCACUGGCCAGGUCCCUCGCCGGAUGAUAGGCACCGACGCCUUUCAGGAGACCCCCAUCGUUGAGGUCACCCGCUCCAUCACCAAACACAAUUACCUCAUCCUCGACGUUGACGACAUUCCCCGCGUCGUUCGGGAGGCCUUCUUCCUGGCCUCCUCCGGCCGCCCCGGCCCAGUGCUCAUCGACAUCCCCAAGGACGUGCAGCAGCAGCUCGCCGUUCCCAAUUGGUUUCAGGAGAUGAAACUGCACGGCUACAUCCAUAGGUUGCCCAAGCCCCCUGUCGAUUCCCAGCUAGAGCUCAUCGUCGAUUUGAUUGCCCGUUCCAAAAAGCCCGUUCUGUACAUCGGCGGCGGAUGCGUGAACUCCAGCUCGGAGCUCCGCCGGUUUGUCGAUCUCACCGGCAUUCCAGUUGCUAGCACUCUGAUGGGUCUCGGCGUCUUCCCUUCUUGCGACGAUCUGAGCCUGCAAAUGCUCGGUAUGCACGGUACCGUUUAUGCAAAUUACGCAGUGGAUAAGGCCGAUCUUUUGCUUGCUUUUGGAGUGAGAUUUGACGACAGGGUUACCGGAAAAUUGGAGGCUUUCGCGAGCCGCGCGAGCAUUGUUCAUAUUGACAUCGAUCCGGCCGAGAUCGGGAAGAACAAACAGCCUCAUGUGUCUCUCUGUGCCGAUAUCCGGUUGGCAUUGGAGAGGCUCAACGGGAUGCUAGUGGAGAAGGAAGAGGUUAUCAGAAGUUUGGAUUUCACAGCAUGGAGGAAUGAACUAGAUGAGCAGAAGAAGAAUUGGCCAAUGAGCUUCCUGAACUUCGGUGAAGCGAUUCCUCCGCAGUAUGCCAUCAAGGUGCUCGACGAAUUGACUAACGGCGAGGCGAUAAUCAGCACUGGAGUUGGGCAGCAUCAGAUGUGGUCAGCUCAGUGGUACAAGUAUAAGAGACCGCGGCAGUGGCUGACCUCCGGAGGGUUGGGGGCGAUGGGCUUCGGUCUACCAGCCGCAAUCGGUGCUGCUGUCGGCAACCCCGGCUCGGUAGUGGUUGACAUCGAUGGGGACGGUAGCUUCAUCAUGAAUGUGCAAGAAUUGGCCACAAUUAGAGCUUACAACCUCCCUGUCAAGAUGAUGGUACUGAAUAAUCAGCACUUGGGUAUGGUGGUACAGUGGGAAGACCGAUUUUACAAGGCCAACAGAGCGCACACAUAUCUCGGAAACCCAGCAAAGGAGUCGGAAAUAUUCCCGAACAUGCUGAAAUUUGCAGAGGCUUGUGACAUUCCGGCUGCUCGCGUAACUAGAGUAUCGGAAGUGAAGGGCGCGAUCCAGAAGAUGCUGGAAACCCCGGGACCUUACUUGUUGGAUGUGAUCGUUCCGCAUCAGGAGCACGUUUUGCCAAUGAUCCCAAGCGGAGGAGCUUUCAAGGAUGUGAUCACAGAAGGGGAUGGCAGAUCUAGUUACUGAAGGUGGUUCAGCGCCUUGUGCUUAUUAGGUCUGUACAUAAGCUGCUGUACUUUUUCUGCUGCUAGUGCUUGGGUUUCUCUGUUCUUGGCUGGAUGAGGUUUGGUUUUCUUGCUAGUUGUUCGCAAUAUGUAAACUAUGUCUUUUCAGUAGGUUGAAACUUCUGAUUAGGCCAGAGAGGGUUAGGUCGCCGCCGUGCUAAUUAUUGUCGAGGUAUGAGUAAUCUAAUGGCUUGUGCUGCUCGUUUCUUCUGUAAUUGUAAGUGAAGCUGCUGAAGACUAUGGAACUGGCAUCUUUGUUGUUGCUGUUGCUAUUGUUGUAAAGCCCGCAUCUUGAAGACAUCGAGCAGUUGAAUUAUUAAUGAAAUCUAUCUCAUAUGCUUCUCUUAAA